AUGGCAGAAGAAAAGUCUAAAUCCUCCUCUGAUCUUUCUCAUCUUCCCAAACACUUCCAUGAAGACGAAGAGCACCUUUCACAAGAAUGCAAGAACCUCAUUGCAACGUUACCCACUGAAAUGGCCGUGAUGAACGUGCCAAUUCAUCAGUACAAUGGUUUCUGGUUCUCCAAAAAGCAUAUUCAAGGAAUCCUAAAUUUUCAGAAUCACUACCAAUCUCAUGAUUCUGACAUCCUCCUUGUAACCUUCCCAAAAGCUGGCACCACUUGGCUCAAAGCCCUAACCUUCACUAUUCUCAAUCGCAAGACCUAUGAUCCAAAACCAACCCGAACUCCUCAAAAUCCUCAUCCUCUACUCACUUCUAGUCCUCAUGACCUCGUACCCUUCGUAGAGUACUGCGAUGAUCUCCAGAAGGCCAUCGCUUAUGCGGGCUCAUUCUCAUCAUCAUCAUCACCAAGGCUCUUACAAUGCCAGGUCCCAUAUGUUUUGUUGCCAGAGUCUGUGAAGCAAUCUGGGUGUAACAUUGUUUACUUGUGUAGAAACCCUAAGGACUUGUUUGUUUCGUCAUGGAAAUUCAUGAACAAGUUAUUAGAAGCAGAAGGGCAAGGGUUGGUUUCAAUUGAGGAUGCAUUUGAGAAAUUUUGUGAAGGAUUGGUUGGUUACGGGCCAUUUUGGGAUCACAUGUUGGGAUACCACAAGGAAAGUUUGAAGAGUCCAGAGAAGGUAAUGUUUCUGAGAUACGAGCAGCUCAAGAGUGAGCCUGUUAGGGUUGUAAAGAACCUAGCUGAGUUCAUGGGUUGUGGUUUUUCUCAAGAGGAGGAAAAAGAUGGUAAUGUGGCAGCUGAUAUAUUGGAGCUUUGUAGUUUUGAAAGUUUGAGUAAUAUGGAAGUGAAUAAGCCUGGCAACUCAUGGCGCAAUAUAGAGAAUAAUGCUUUCUUUAGACGUGGAGAAGUCGGAGACUGGAAGAAUUUCUUCACAUUUGAUAUGGUCCAACGUCUAAACGUUAUUACUGAGGAAAAGUUGGAGAAACAUGGCUUGAAGUUUUAG